AUGGAACGCCACGUCUCAGUCCCGCGGUCCGGCCCGAACGUCGUGACAUCGGAGGAACGCAACGUCACAAAGGAUCGAACGUGGCACUGGCUGAAAUCCCUGUCUUUACCCCCCACUGUGGCUGACACGACUCCAGUCCGGCAGAACCACAGCUUUGACGAAGAGGCAGUGGAGAGAGUUCUUUCUGCGCGGAUCCCAGAGUUUCCACAAGAGCCGCAGCAACCUUUUACCGUCAGACAGUACAGAUGGGGACAGUCCAACCCAACAUUCCAUUUGCAGAAAGGAGACAAAGAGUAUGUACUGAGGAAGAGACCCCCCGGGACGCUUCUGAAAGGAGCACAUCAGGUGGGUAGAGAAUAUCAGGUGCAAAAGGCAUUAUUUGAGGUUGGGUUUCCUGUACCGAAGCCAUUGAUGUUCGUAGAUGACCAUUCCAUUGCUGGCACUGACUUCUAUGUGAUGGAGUGUGUGCAGGGACGGAUAUUUCGAGACCUGAGUCUUCCGGGGGUGAAACCAGCAGAAUGCUCUGCCCUGUACUUGGCCAUGCUGGCAACAAUUGCUUGACUUCACUGCAUUGACUGGAGAGCACUGGGACUACAGGGCUAUGGCAAAGACCACAAUUACUCCAAGAGACAGGUAUUAACAUGGACAGCGCAGUAUAAGGCAGCUGCUUCGGCUGAUGUUACUGCCAUGAAAAAGCUCUCAGAAUGGUUGCUCAACAAUUUACCGAAUAAUGAACAGGAGGCGGUGAUAGUCCAUGGUGACCUCCGGAUUGAGAACUUCAUAUUUCACCCCACUGAGGAAUCCCAUCCUGUGGAGAGCUCACCUCUACAUACGGCCGCUGCCGAGGUCUGUCUGUUCCUCUGUCCAAUUGGAACUUCUUUCUGGCUCUGUCCUUUUUCAAAGUUGCUUCCGUUCUGCAGAACUCGGCUGUCCCUCGAUGAUGUUAAGUGUCAUUCUGAUAACGCUGGCAAUUGGUUACGCUUCACCUUCACAGUGGGUGGUUUCUCUUCCAGGAAAAUGGAAUCACUGAAGGCAGAUUUUCCCCGGACAAGAAUCAUGUUCCAGCCGUCAGUCCUGGGUGAGAGUGUCCUUCAGCAGCUGAGAGAGUUCAGUAGACGGCACCUGUACCCAGCAGAGCAGGACAUCGCAACGUACUAUGCUGCAAAUGUGCAAUCAAUCCUCAGGUGGAAGAAACCUCCCAUUAUAGAGGCAUUGAAGCACAAGACGAAAGCUGCAGGCCUCUGGAACCUCUUCCUGCCAGCGGUCAGUGGCCUGACUCAGUUAGAUUAUGCUUUCAUUGCUGAAGAAACAGGAAGAUGCUUCUUUGCUCCUGAGAUUUUCAGUUGCCAGGCUCCAGACACGGGGAACAUGGAGGUGCUACACCUGUAUGGAACUGAAGAGCAGAAGAAGAAAUGGCUGGAGCCCCUGCUUCGCGGAGAAAUCCAUUCCUGUUUCUGUAUGACAGAGCCGGACUGGCUUCCAGUGAUGCCACCAAUGUCGAAUGUAGCAUUCACCAAGAUGGAGAGAGCUAUGUGAUUGUUGGCAAGAAGUGGUGGGCCAGUGAUUGCCAUGAUAAAGGUUGUUGCUCCACGAAUGGCCUGUAAAGUGGUGGACUGUGCCAUUCAGGUCUACGGAGGAUGUGGAGUCUCCGAGGAUCUUCCUCUGGCACACAUGUACUCCAUCUGCGUAUAGCUGACGGGCCAGAUGAAGUGCAUCUCUCCGCUAUAGCAAAACUGGAGCUAAGGGAGCAGCUUAAAAACUCCAUGGCAAAGCUAUAAAUAAUUGUCAGAAUGCAAGAUCGACCAAGGCUGCAACCAGACAGAGAUAACAUAACAUUGGCCUCCUGUUUUCCAAUGCAGUGAUAGAUUGAAGCAUCAAUUACCGGAAAUAUUGCACAUUGGACAAUGAAUCACCUAACAUAUUAAUCCAGCAUCUGUAUACCAAUUACAUCUUUGUUUCUGCUCCCCAAACACCGCUGUGUUAUAAUUUGGAAAUAACAACCAUUCAUGCA